AAUGCCAGUCUCUUAGACGUUGGAGUAGACUUACAAGCCUUCCAGCCUUACGCGAACCGUUUUCUGGACCUAUGCAUCAAACAACACGUCAAUUUGCAUGAGUCACACGAGAGUUCCACUCGGCAACAAACUUCCAUUACUGCUCUUCAUCAGCGCUAUGAAUACCAGAACAGUUCGAAGCCGUCGUCUUCCAGGAGAUGAUGAGAAUCACGUUAUUGCGCUCUAUUAUGCGGAAUCUAUGGCACAGGGAAACGGAAUGCUACAAUAUCGUUAUGCUAGAUCUUGGAUGUAUAAUACAGUAGGUCCAACUUAUGUGUCGUUACCUGUAACAGUCAAAAAAUACUAUAACUAUGACAAGCGCCAUCUCAACGCUAUCGCAUUGUAUCUUCGGAUAUAUGAAGGGAAUUGUGGUAUCUAGCGGCAAAUCUGCGAGACGUUACGUGAUCCUUCGAGCAAAUCGUCCUCUGAGCAAAUCGUGAAAAG